AUGACAGACUAGAACUAAUAAGAAGGAAAUGGUUUAAAUAAAAAAUUGAUUCUACUUUUGAUAUAUAGUAUGGGAAUCCUAGAGAAGAGAGUAAAAGUUAUAGCUAAUCUCAGUAGCCACGUGAAAGUAAUAGAGAUGAAAGAAGUAAUUAAUAGAAGCUUAAAAGAUAAUAUCUCAGCAAGGUUAAACAUGACUUUAGUUUUCUACAAAUAGGGUUUCUGUAUUUAACUUUGCUAUUAGCUUAAGAGAGGACUCUAAUAAAAAGAAUGGUUCAUUUCUAUGAGAGCAGAUAUUGAGAUUUAUACAGGAUUUUACCUAUUAUUAAAAAUGAUAAUUGGCUUCAAGGUGUGGAUGCUAUUGUGGGUAGCGAUGUAUUGGUAAUACCUAAGAAUAAGGUAUUUUCUUUCUUCAGAUACGAAGGGUGUCAAAUAGUACUUAGCAGAGCAAACUGAUCUAAAUAUCGCCUCAAGGCCAACCUUUUAGUCACAUUGCUUAAUCUUUUGA